AUGUCUGAACAACCAAGUAAAAUCAACACUAGUGCUACUUACUAUACCGGCGCUGCCAAGGAAACAGUUGGCGACUUAGUCGGUAACGAAUCCCUGAAAGCUUCAGGUCAAGCUGCUCAAGUUCAAGGCAACGCAGAAUAUGAUGCCGCAACUAAGGAAGCACCAUCAAAAUUCAAUGCCAAUUACAAUGCGACCAUGGGUGCGGUUAAGGAAACAAUCGGAUCCGCUAUUGGACAUACCAGUUUGGAGAGGUCAGGUGCUGAACAACGUAGAAAGGGAAAUGAGGAAUUAGAAGCGGUCAAAAUGGCCGACUAUGUUGGUGGUGCUGGAAAUAAGGUUAAAGGAGCAGUACAGGAACAAGUUGGCGCAACUAUUGGCGAUAAGCGAAUGGAAGCUGAAGGUGCCGCCACUAAAAUUAAAGGCGAAUCUGAAAUGUCGAGGAAUAAAUAA